GUGCACCUGACCAAUCUGCAUUCAUUCUUUUUGUAUAAAAAAGAAGAAAAAGUUAGUACAUCAGAAAAAAUUGAAUAGCACCAACAAACAAUGACAAUUCUCUCUGAGCUCUUAUAUCAGCUUUAUGUGAAAACAAUAGUCCUAUUUACAUAUAUGCUAAUCGAACUUAUCCUUGUCAUUUGUUACCUAAAGUCAACAAAAAAUCCAAUUACCACAACCCAAUACCUCAAUUUCAUUGAAGAGAAGAACCCCACAACAAGGUUGAAGAAGCUUGCAGCAGAGCACAUAGAUUGUAGGGUAUGUUUAUCUGAGUUUGAGGAAGGGGACAUUGUUAGAAGCUUGAACUGUGAACACACAUUUCAUAAGGAUUGUUUGGACAAGUGGUUCUUGCAAGAACAAUAUUGUGCUACUUGUCCACUUUGCAGGAACAAAGUUUUGUCGGACGAUGUUGUUUCCAAGUAUUGUUUGCUUCAAAAUCAGUGAUGGAAUCCUAUCUCUUGCAAGAUUUUGGAAAUGGCACUGUUUUGAUUUUUGGAGUCCGCAUUAAAGCUAAAUUUCCAUCUGAAAGAGGUGAUUUGGUCCAGUUGCUAUGCGUAGUAGAUGGACAUGAAAAUUCUUUAUGAAGACCCUCCUUUGAUAAAAUGUAGGGGAAGCAGUUAAGAAUUUGAUGCAUGAUAAAUUGACUCUUCAUUUUAUUGGUUGCAAAAAUCCUAGGGGUUUGAGCAACUUCUUUAAUGCGACUAGUGCCCACCACCUAGGGUAGACACAUGCAAGAGCACAAGAGUUAGUUGUAUACUCCCUCCGGUCCUAAAUACUC